AUGACAUUCCAGGCCCAUAAUGUGAAAUGCAGGGUCCAGCAUCCACACCAUCCACUUCACACAUUUCAUCAGUCAGGAGAUUUCAUCAUUGGUGGCAUUGUUUCUCAUGGUGGCAUCCUCUCCAAUUCAGCAACAUUCACUGAAGAACCUCCAUCUGCAUUGCCUGAGGAGCUUGUUGUGGUGCCUAAAAGUUACCAGAACAUCCUGGCCUUGGCAUUUGCAGUGAAGAAGAUCAAUGAAAACCCUCAACUGUUACCCAAUCACACCCUGGGCUUCUAUAUCUAUGACAGCUAUGUUGAUGCAAGGAAGACGUAUCAUGCCACUAUGCUACUUUUAUCCACACUGGAGAAAUUUGUCCCCAACUACAUAUGUGAUAUCCAGAAUAAUUUAACAGCUGUCAUUGGUGGUCUUGAUUCUCAAAUCUCCCUUUAUGUGGCAACUAUAUUGGAUACCUAUAAGGUUCCACAGCUCCAUCACUUUCUGAGAGGUGUCUCAUUUAACAACAGUGCAGGGGACAAAGUUUCCUUCAACCAGAAUGGGGAGGUUGUAUUUGGCUUGGAUGUUAUCAACUGGAUUAUUUCCUCCAAUCAGUCCUUCCAUCGAGUAAGAGUUGGAAGGAUAGAUCCCCAGGCUCCUCCAGGUGAAGUGUUCACCAUUGAUGAAGAUACUAUAACAUGGCACAGCUGGUUUAACAAGACUCAGCCUCUUUCUGUCUGCACUGAGAGUUGCCAUCCAGGAUCAAGCAAGAAAGUGAAGGAGGGGGAGCCAUCUUGCUGCUACGAUUGCAUCCCAUGUCCAGAAGGGAAGUUUUCAGACCAGGAGGAUAUGAAUGACUGUAAUAAAUGCUCAGAUGAAAACUAUCCAAGCAAGAACCAGGAUGUAUGUAUUCCAAAGGAUAGAAGUUUCUUGUCUUAUGAAGACCCCUUGAGCAUCAGUUUAGUCUGUUUUGCUCUUUCCUUUUCUUUGAUCACAGCUCUGGUCCUGGGAACAUUUAGGAAGAACCACAACACUCCCAUAGUCAUAGCCAACAACCGGAACCUCACCUACACUCUCCUCAUCUCCCUCCUACUUUAUUUUCUUUGUGCUUUCCUGUUCAUUGGCCAACCUCAGAAGAUGACAUGUCUCCUCCGACAAACAACUUUUGCCAUCAUCUUUUCAGUGGCUGUUUCUUGUGUGCUGGCAAAAACCAUUACAGUGGUUCUGGCUUUCAUGGCCACCAAACCAGGAUCCAGGAUAAGGAAAUGGGUGAGGAAGAGGCUGGCCAACUCCAUUGUCAUUUCCUGCUCCCUCAUUCAAGCAGGCAUUUGUAGUCUGUGGCUGGCAACCUCUCCCCCAUUCCCAGAUGUAGACAGUUACUCAGUGGCAAAAGAAAUUAUACUAGAAUGUAAUGAGGGGUCUGUAAUGAUGUUUUGCUCUGUCCUGAGCUAUAUGGGCUUUCUGGCAAUUAUUAGUUUUGCUGUGGCUUUCCUUGCCAGGAAAUUACCCGACAGUUUCAAUGAAGCCAAGUUCAUCACUUUCAGCAUGUUGGUCUUUUGCAGUGUUUGGUUAUCCUUUAUUCCAUCCUACCUGAGCACUAAAGGGAAAUACAUGGUUGCUGUAGAGAUCUUCUCUAUCCUAGUUUCUGGUGCUGGGUUGCUGGUUUGCAUCUUUUCCCCCAGAUGUUAUAUUAUUUUGCUGAGGCCUGAGCUAAACAGCAAGGAACAGCUAAUAAAGAGACCUUAA